AUGGGGAUAACGGGAUUGAUCGAGGAGUUAGGAUCCACGGUUGUAAGAGACACCACUCUCGACCAACUAGGGUUGAGCGGGAAAAAAGUGGGGAUAGAUGCCAUGAUAUGGCUUGUGGCCGUGAAGGAAUUGCUGAUCAAGAAGGAACCACGUGUUACAUUGCUCCCCAGGGAGGAGCGAGAGAGGAUACAAGCAGAUCGUUUCAUGGCGUAUUGUGAAAGAAUGUUUGAACUUCUAAAGAAGCGUAAUAUCAAAUAUAUGCUAGUGUUUGAUGGGAACGCUACUCCGAGAAAGACCGAAAUACAGUUGUUGAAGAAAAAGAUACAGGAGGGCCGCUGUGAUAGUGAUGGUGAUGAGAAAGUCAACUAUGACAAGCCAAAAUCUAUGUUCAUUCCUGACAGGGAAAGGGUACGCAAGUGGUUCAUUAAAGAAGAUGUGGAGUUUAUCGUGGCUCCUUAUGAAGCCGAUGCUCAAUUAACAUAUCUCGCAAUCAAGGGUAAAAUAGACGCGGUUAUCACAGAGGACACGGACCUUAUUCCAUUUGGUUGUCCGCGUGUUAUCUUUAAAUUAGACGCAGAUACUCUUACGUGUCAAGAUUAUGCAUUUAAUCGUUUAAAAUACCAUAAGAAAUACAGAACAUUUAUCCAAAAGAUGCUUCUAGAGAUGUGCAUUAUCAUUGGCUGUGAUUACCUACCGAAUUUAGAAGGCACAGGCAAAUCGAGAGCUAGCGACGCUGUACUGAAACGGCCAUCUUACAUCGAUUUAAUUCCCUAUUAUGAAAACCCUCUCAAGCUUAGAAUUGGGGCAGAGAAGUAUGAAACAUGCAAGGAGGUUAUUCUAAAAGAAUUCCAGAAAGCAAUUAAAGCUUACACUUAUCAACAAGUUUAUGAUCCCGAUUCUCAUACUUGUGAGCGCUUAUCUCAUAUGGAUUUAAAAUACAAUCUCCUUCGUGAAGAUGCAGAUAAGAUUCUGGGACCAUGUUUAAAGGACGAAGCUGUUCAUAUUAUUGCAACAGGAAUUAAAUCUUCUGAGAUCGAGAAAACUUAUAUAGUAGAAAACACCAGUGACAAAAGAGCUGGAGCCAAAAGGAAGCCUAGUCCGUUUAUCACAGGUCAUUUCAAACGUCUUGAUGAUUCUAUUGAUGGCAAACGUAGAAAUAGGGAGAGUUAA